AUGGAGGAUACUCAUAAGAAUAUCACAAGCUUCAUCGGUUACAACAAAGAUCACAAAAUAUCAGCUUGUGAAUAUUCAUCUGCCCAAAACUUUAAGGAGUUGGAACCUCUAAUGGCAAACCCUAUUCCUGAGACAUCCCCAUACCCAAAGGCACUGGAGAAGACAGAGCACCAACAGGCAGAAGUCCCCUCCACAUUUCAGAGGGCCAAGGCUGUGAUAUUCAGAAUGGUCUCCUACCUCUCUGGGGACAUGGAGGUCUUUGGAGAAUGGAUGAAAAGGCAGUUCUUCCUUUUGCAGCUUCUAGACUGGGUGCUUCGAGGAGCAGCUCAGGUCGUAUUUGUCAACAGCCCCUUGAGUGGGAUGAUCAUCUUUGGUGGAUUAAUACUGCAGAACCAGUGGUGGGCUGUGAAUGGCUUUGUGGGAACCCUGUUUGCCACCAUAUCAGCCCUCAUUCUCAGACAAAGCAGGGAAGCCAUAGCUGCUGGUUUGUAUGGCUACAAUGGAAUCCUGGUCGGCCUUCUGAUGGCAGUUUUCUCUGAUAAGGGGGACUGGUAUUGGUGGCUUUUACUUCCAAAUAUCGUCAUGUCGAUGGCAUGCCCAAUAGUUUCCAGUGCCUUGGCAUCAAUCAACAGCAGAUGGGACCUUCCAGUCUUCACCCUUCCUUUCAACAUCCUAGUCUGCUUGCACAUGGUGGCCACUGGCCACUAUAACCACCACUUCCCCCAGGUCCUUAUUCAGCCAAGGUCAUCUCUCCCAAACAUCACCUGGUCAGAGGUGGACACAGCCAAGCUUUUUCGAGCAGUGCCAGUUGGUAUCGGACAAGUGUAUGGAUGUGACAACCCAUGGACAGGAGGGAUUUUCAUCGCUGCCUUGUUCAUUUCCUCCCCAAUCACUUGCUUACAUGCGAUUAUUGGUUCAACCAUUGGCAUGGUGUCAGGUCUUGCACUGGCCUCACCUUUUGAGAAUAUCUACUUUGGCUUAUGGGGUUAUAACUGUGUUUUGGCUUGUAUUGCAAUUGGAGGGAUGUUUUAUGUGCUGACCUGGCAGUCUCAUCUUCUGGCCAUUGCCUGUGCAUUUUUCUGUGCAUACCUGAGCUCUGCAAUCACAAAUGUGAUGUCCACAUUUGGCUUGCCUGCCUGUACCUGGCCCUUCUGCCUGUCCGCUCUCACCUUUUUGUUGAUCACCACAGAAACCAAAAAUAUACAUAAACUGCCUCUUGCAAAGGUUACAUACCCUGAGAAAAAUCUCACAUAUUUCUGGAAAAUGUCAAAAGCAGAGAAGGCAGGAAAGCUACAGAAGCACAAACAGAAUAUACAGCAAGCGGAAAGGGAGGAAGAGGUACUGACGGAGACUGACAAAAAGAAGUGGAUAAAUCAACAUUUAAACAAUAAUGAAACAGUUAUAAAUAUAGUGACAUUCCAACCAGAGGAGGACGAAAAGCCAGAGCCUGAAAAUGGAAGGAACUGA